CUUCCUAGUACCGCUGGCUUAUAUUUUUCAGGGAGCAUGCACCAUCAAUCAUCUUCAUGGAUGAAAUCGAUAGUAUCGGGUCUGCUCGUAUGGAAUCUGGAAGUGGAAAUGGUGACAGUGAGGUUCAAAGGACUAUGCUUGAGCUUCUCAAUCAACUUGACGGAUUCGAAGCGUCAAACAAAAUCAAGGUUUUGAUGGCGACAAAUCGUAUUGAUAUUCUGGAUCAAGCUCUUCUCAGGCCUGGAAGGAUUGAUAGGAAAAUCGAAUUCCCUAAUCCUAAUGGAGAGUCACGUUUUGAUAUCUUGAAGAUACACUCGAGGAAAAUGAAUUUGAUGCGUGGAAUCGAUCUGAAAAAGAUUGCAGAGAAGAUGAAUGGUGCUUCAGGGGCUGAGCUGAAGGCUGUGUGCACGGAGGCGGGUAUGUUUGCGCUGCGAGAGAGGAGAGUACACGUGACACAAGAAGACUUUGAGAUGGCGGUGGCCAAGGUGAUGAAGAAAGACACAGAGAAGAACAUGUCUCUGCGUAAGCUGUGGAAGUAGGAAUCUCCUUGUUGUAUGUAUGUAUACUCUCAACUCAAAGAGAGAGAGAGAGAGAGAGAGAGAGAGAGAGAGAGAGCCACAGAGAUUCAUAUCAGACGUGUGAUAAAAAAGUUUUCUUUACUGUAUGUGGUUCUUUCUGAAACCUUCCUUUUCGGUUGGCUCUUUAGCUUUCGGAAACAAAGUAAUCCAUCCCCUACUUUUUAAACACUA